AUGGUAAAGAACAUCGACUCUUUCGAACAACUUACGACCCGAAUCGGACGUCUGCGGAUGAGAAGAUGUGGUCCAUCACCAGCUUUGACUAUCUUCGUCGCUUACGCCCCAACAUCAAGCUACGAAGAAGAAGUCGAAGCUUUCUAUAUAGACCUGGAGAAGUUCUACCGAGAAGAUCAUGCCUUCUACAAGGUCAUAAUUGGCGAUUUCAACGCCAAAGUUGGUCCAAGAAGAACGCCGGAGGAACGGCCUACAGUGGAAUGA